GCAAAGUAGCUGUGAAGAAGGAGUAUCUGCCAAAGUACCAGGGCAAAGACACCUGGUUCCAGCUGCAGCCAAUCAGUGCAGAUUCUGAGGUGCAGGGGAAAGUCCAUGUGGAGAUACAGCUGAGUGAUGUCAUCACAGACAGUGGCACUGUUGCUCAGAGACUGAUGACGCGUGUGCUGGAGUGCCAGGACUUGCCCAUCGUCAAUGGACAAUGUGACCCCUAUGCUACAGUGUUAUUGAUCACGCCCUCCGGGUCCGAGGGCAAGAAGACCAGAGUGAAGAAGAAGACCAACAGCCCCCAUUUUGAUGAAGUCUUCUAUUUUGAGAUGCAGAACUACAACAUUAAACAAAACUUUGAUGCCAGCGAAGAAGAUACUGACAAAGUAGUACUGAGGGUAGACCUGUGGAAAUCCAGCAACCUGAAACUUGGAGAUGAGUUCUUGGGAGAGGUCAGUAUCCCUCUGACAGUACUGACUGCAUCUGGCUGCCAUAAUGCAUGGUACUUCCUACAGCCCAGGGAUAACGGCAGCAAGUCCGUGAAACCAGAAGAACUGGGCUCCUUACGGCUGAAUAUAAUUUACACUGAGGACCAUGUCCUCACCUCGGAAGCGUACGGCUCGCUGAAAGAGCUGCUGCUGAAAUCGGCCUGCUUGCAGCCGGUGUCGGCCUCGGCGGGCCACGUCCUGGGGCAAGUGUGCAGGGAGAAGCAGGAGGCAGCCGCGCCGCUCGUCCACUUCUUCCUGCACUACGGGAAGGUUGUGCCUUUCGUGAGCGCCGUCGCCAGCGCAGAGAUCAGCAGAACGCAGGAUCCCAACACCAUUUUUCGGGGGAAUUCACUGGCAUCCAAAUGUAUCGAUGAAGUCAUGAAGCUGGCUGGCAGGCACUACCUGCAGAUAACUUUGGGGCCAAUCAUAGAUGAGAUCUGCACAAGCCACAAACCCUGUGAGAUUGACCCCGGGAAGCUGAAGGAGUCAGACAAUCCGGAAACAAACAGAGAAAAUCUGCGGCAGUAUGUGGAUCGGAUCUUCAGGGCCAUCACCACAUCUGGAGCUCGUUGUCCUACUGUCAUGUGUGACAUCUUCUUCUCCCUGAGGGAAUGUGCGGUCAAGCAUUUCCAAGGUAACCUGCUCCUCUUCACCAUUAUGGAUGAACAUGAAAACCAUGGCGACUGGGGUAAAAGACUAAAUCCUUGUUAUAGUAAAUCUACUGCUUUUUACCAUUCCAGUGUAAGUCCAGAAUCAGAUGUGCAGGUGCAGCUGUG